UCAGGAGCAUCGUUAACGGCGCCUUCCUGUCACGAAAGCAGUGAUUCGCCUCCGCCUUCCCCAGCAUCCAUUAAAGCAUCCGCGGUCGCGCAGGCAUCGCCGCAUCCAGUGGGGGCGACUACUCGUCAGCGGGGAAGAUGACUACGACGGUGAUGAUGAUGGAGGUUUGGUGUGGAGAACCCACGCAGGAGGACAUCUUUCCCCCCCCGCCGCCGAUGUCGUGUUGUUUUCGGAUGACAGCGGGAGGAGACAAAUAAACACCAUCGCUUGCUCUUUAGCCAGCUAACGACGCUAAGCUAUCCCUUUAGCUGUUUUUUACUUUUCGCCCCCCCCCCCCCUCUCCAAUGUGGAGACAUGCUAGCGGCGAAGAGGACAUUUAAACACGGUAGCUGUCGAUUAGCAUCACGGCUAAGCUAGUUAGCUCGCCCCCCCUUUCUUUCCGUGAGGAUGCUAACCGAGGGCAGCGACUGACUGUCUGACUGGCCGAAUGAAGGUGCGCCUCAACACACUCAUGAAGGUCAUGACAGCGAGAGAAUGAUCAUGCUGGAAAAACAGAGCUCGACGCAGGAGAUUGGCGAAGAAGUGGAGGACGACGCCAUCUUCACCAUCACGCUGCGUAAGGUGCAACUGCACCACUCGUCCAGCAAAGGGCAGCGUUGGCUGGGGGUGGAGACGGACUCCGCCCUCAGCCUCUACGAGACGUGCAAGGUGCGAACCAUCAAGGCGGGCACCCUGGAGAGGCUGGUGGAGUACAUGGUCACGGCCUUCAAGGGCAAGGACUCCACCUACGUCACCAUCUUCCUCUGCACUUACCGAUCCUUUGCCACUGCCAAGCAGGUGCUCGACCUGCUGCUCAACAGGUACGCCAGGCUCCAGAAUGUUCCAGCGGCGGCGGCGCAUCGCGUCUGCCAGGACGAUUGCACCGAGCUCAGAAACACGGUAUCGUCCAUCUUGGGUGCCUGGCUGGACCAGUACUCUGAGGACUUCUGGACUCCGCCAGGCUACGACUGCUUGCACCAGCUUUUGUCGUACCUCCACCUUCACUUCCCCGGUUCUGACCUUGAGCGUCGUGCCCGCAACCUGCUGGCACAUUUCCACAGACGGCAGCAGCGCGAGCCCGAAACCGAGGGCGAACACUUGGGCUGCCCGUUCGCCACGCAGGAGGAGAGCGGCUUCGAAGACGAGCUGCCCACUUUCAGCUUCCUCUCUUUCGACCCCAUCAUGGUGGCCGAGCAAUUCACGCUCAUGGACGCGGACCUGUUCAAGAAGGUGGUGCCGUAUCACUGCCUGGGGUGCAUCUGGUCCCAGCGUGACAAGAAGGGCAAAGAGCACCUGGCGCCCACCAUCCGCGCCACGGUGGCCCAGUUCAACUCGGUCACCAACUGCGUAAUCAGCACCUGCCUCAGUAACGCCGCGCUCAAGCACAACCAGAGGGCCCGACUCCUGGAGAGAUGGAUCGACGUGGCCCGGGAGUGUCGUAUCCUGAAGAACUUCUCGUCCUUGCGAGCCAUCCUUUCCGCCCUGCAGUGCAACGCCGUCCACCGCCUGAAGAGGACCUGGGAGGAAGUCUCUCGGGAGAGUUUCCGCACCUUUCGCGAGCUUUCCGAGAUCUUCUCCGACGACAACAACUAUUCGCUCAGCCGGGAGCUGCUGGUGAAGGAAGGAACGUCUAAGUUUGCGACUUUGGAGAUGAAUCCCAAACGAGCUCAGAGGAGACACCAGCAGCAGAGAGACCUGGGAGUGAUGCAGGGCACAAUUCCUUACCUGGGCACCUUCCUGACAGACCUGGUCAUGAUGGACACGGCCAUGAAGGACUACACCGAGGGUGGUCUGAUCAACUUUGAAAAGAGACGAAAGGAGUUUGAAGUGAUCGCGCAGAUCAAAUUACUGCAGCUGGCGUCCAACAACUACAGCUUCACUCAAGACGCGCACUUCCGCGAGUGGUUCGCCUCCACCGAGAAGCUCAGCGAGGCCGAGAGCUACCAGCUGUCGUGCGACAUCGAGCCGCUCUCCGAGUCGGCGGGCAACACGUUGCGAGCCAAGAAGAACGGAGGCAUCAUGAAACGAUGGAGCGAUCGUCAGUUGGCCGAGGGCUCGUCCGGCUGCUCGGCGGCCGGAAGCGGUGGCGGCGCCGUGGGCUCCCACUCCAAGUCCUUUGAGCACGCCCACUUCCGACCAUACCAAGGCGGCGACGGCGGCGACGCCCUCAGCGUCACCUCCGUCAGCUCCAGCGGCUCCGACCUAGAGGACGUCAAUGCCAGCUUCCUCUCGGACUCGCCCGAGGGACACGAGAGGAAGACGUCAACGCCUUCGGUGAAACUUUCCGUUUCCGCUCUGGGGAGAGACGCUUCGGCUGCAGACACAACCUCCACGGUACCGCUCACUUGCACUUUGGUACAUUUUACCUUCGCGACGUCCUCGGAAGAUAAUGUGACGUGCGCGUGGCAGUUCUGGGAGUGCACGUCGCUGUCGUCUCUGGACACGUCGGGCAUGGGCUCCAGCUCGGGCUCGGCGUCGGGCUCCAGCACGGCGUCGUCGUCGUCGGUGUCGUCGGCGGCGGCGCUCUCGCUCUCUCUGUCGGCGGCGCGCUCGCACAAGCGCUCGGUGUCGGCCGUGUCCAACUACUCCACGCUGUCGCUGCCCCUCUACAACCAGCAGGUGGACGACUGCUGCAUCAUUCGCGUCAGCCUCGACGUGGAGAACGGGAACAUGUACAAGAGCAUCCUGGUGACCAGCCAGGACAAGACGCCCGCCGUCAUCCGCAAGGCGAUGAUCAAACACAAUCUGGAGAGGGAAAAAACCGAAGACUACGAGCUGGUGCAGAAGAUCUCAGAAGACAAAGAGCUCCGCAUUCCCGACAACGCCAACGUCUUCUACGCCAUGAACUCCAGCGCCAACUACGACUUUGUGCUGAAGAAGCGCGGGCCGGCGCGACCCGUCCGCGCCAAGACUGUGGCCAGCUCCACGCUGCCGCGCAUGAAGCAGAAAGGACUGAAGAUCGCCAAGGGCAUUUUCUGAGAGCGGGAGAGAGCGCCGCCAGGAGCACCUUAGCACUUAGUUUGACCUCGGGAAGCUCUGGACCUCAUUUUGCGGGCCAAGCCAGGAAAGCCGUUGCACUUUGGAUGCUUUUUUUUUUUCUUUCUUUCUUAAACAGCAUCCUGGCCUUGUGUUGACGCAUGGUCAAACAAACAUUGUCCCAUGGAUAGGAUGUUGUUGCACUUUUGAAUUUUUUUUUUUUUCUACAACAUUCUAGUCCUUGAUAAUGACACAUGGGCAAAGGGAUGGUGUCCCAGAUGUCUGGGAUGCCCACUGGUGACACAUGGGCAAACGAUCCGUUUUUUUUUUUCACGGCAACCUGGCGAUGCUCUGGAUUGACAAAUGGAUCUUGUCCCGUGGGAGGGAUCUGGAUGUUCCUCACGGUCAUUGCGCUGACACGUGGGCAAAACAGAUGACGUCUGGUGUGCCGGAUGCCCCCCACCCUACCCCACUGCCAGUGUUCUUGAUGCCCACCAGACAGACAAUGGAAACGUUGACAAAUGGUCAAACAGACCAUGAGUUAAACGCCGCUUGACGACUUGUAUGUAUGUCAGCUGUGCCGUGACGUUUUUGCUUUGUACAAUUUUUGUUGUUGUUUCUCGGAAGAUGGUGCUGUUGAUUAUCUUUCAUUCAAGCGGUUCCAUGAUUUCACCCCCUUCCGUGGUUGGAAAUAGUUGGCAUUUUUGGGAAAUUUUCUCCUCAGCCCUCAAUUGUUGUUGAGGCAAUCCUCCUGUUGUUUAUUUUUUUUUUUUUUCCAAAUCUUUUUUACUAAUAACUUUGCACUUGUGACAAAAGGCUCGGUGCUUGGCAUAAAUAACGUCAAGUCAGGUGUUUCUUAAUCGGUAUGAAAAUAUUUUUCGUAAUUUUUAGAAAAGAAAAAAAGAAGGACCUUUUAUCCAUGAACGUUCUCUGCUCCUCCUAUUGACCACUUAUAGUUUCAUGGUGUUCCACUUAAAAUCUAAACUUUAAUCUUGUUAGACUAAAGUUUUUCUUAAAACUAAAUACUGUAUAUACUAAAUAUUACCCCCCUCGCCCCCAAAUUCUGACUUGACUCGUAAACAAAUGACUUUAAGAUUGAAUUUUUUGCCCCGAAAAGUUUUCAGCCCUUUUUAUUUAAAAAGGAUUACUUUGUUGUUAAAAAAUUAAUUUAUUGUAAACAUUUUUUACUUUGCUCAUAUAAUAUUGUAACAAUUUCUUUUCAGCCAAAAUGAAAAAUUCUUUCUGGUACGAUUGCUACUUUCCCACCCCCAAUGAACCUUCAUUUAGACUUGCGACGUAAUUUUUUCUUAGUCCCAAUUUUGUUUUCAAAACUUCAUUCAUGACAAAAAUGGAAAAUAAAUUGGAAAUAAUUCCAUUUAUAUUCUGGAAAAAAAAGUAGGACACACAGAAAGACAAAGAGAAAAAAUGACUACGAUAAAACUUAACCCCUAGAACCUUUUCACUGGAAAGAAUUUUCCUUUUUACCUGUUGGCUUGUAGUUAUUUCUGCUGAGCACUGUACGACGUAAACGUUUACCUUUGGAAAUGAUGAAAGGAAAGUCUUGAGAUAAGGCACAUCAGCGCUGAAGGAAAUGACGUAGUUGAGUUCUUCCGACUCCACACAAAGGAACUUUGGAAAUUGACGCUGGCUGCCAAGCAAGACGGGAAAUGUUGGGAAACCAGCCUGGCAGAGAAAAAGGCAUGAGCACCCAAGAAUAUUUUGUCAUCUCUGUCUCAAAACAAAACAUCUGCCUGUUGCCACUGCCGACAUAUUUUGGAUUUUUAUUUUUUGCUUUUAUUUGCGGCAAAUCUAAAUGGUGACGGAGGGAGUCACUGCGAGCUUCAUGUCGAGCACUGUGAACAAUAAUAAGUGUCAAACAAGUCAUUCGCCUUUUAAGUCAGGAGCAAACCUUUGGAUUUCUUCUUUUUUUUUUAAUUUUCUUUUUCAUCUUGCUUAUGAACAAAGUUGUGAAUUUACACGUUGCGCAUCAAGAAGCUUGGCGCCCUUUGACACGCUGCGGAAAUAACUUUUAUCGCUUGUGUGUCGGAACACGACGUGACCAUUUACAUUUUACAUUCUUGGUGUGUCACAAUCACUUGUUACAUCUUGAUGUGUCAAAACAUGUAACAUGACGCUUGACAUUUACAUGUUACACUGACAUGACGUGACCUUUGACAUGACAAUACGUUGCGUUUACGUGACAUUCAACUUGACAUGACGCUUGGCACUUCCCAUGAAACUUUACAUGUCAUGGUUACAUCAGUUGAUUAAACACUUGAUCAAAUGACGUCAUGUUAUGCCAUCUCACGACAUGGUGACAUUUGGCAUGUUGCGGCAGUUCAUCUUUGACAUGUUCUACCACAACAUAUAACGUGUCGCGUUACUUGAAAUGCCCACACCGCUGACGUAACACAAUGUGUUAACAUCUGCUCAUGACGUGCCACUUGUGUGUGUGCGUGCGAGUGUGGAAAAGGCAAAUUGUGUAUUCCUUUGUGCAGCUGAUGCUUCUGUGGUUUGUGUGUUGGUGCUUUGACAUGACUUUUUUUUGUGAUGCUUGAGUGUGUGUGUGCGCGUGUGUUGUUGCAUUCUGCUGUGCUCGGAUGCCAUAUUUUUUGUUAUAACUAAAAGACUGACAAACUUUUUUAAGUCUCUUCCUUUACUACUUUCAUUAUUCCAGCAGGACUAAAAACAAUGUAGAGUACAAAAAGUGUCCCGCUCUUUAUUUAUUGAUUUGAAUAUACAGGUUUUUUUUUCAUUGUAAAUUCUCUUCUCUCUUGGUCAUAGGUUAAUAUAUUAGUGUAUAUAUAUGAAUAAACAUACCGUUUAUAAAAGAA